CUCCUCCCCUAAGGAUGCGGCGAAGGAGGGGUGGUCAGUCAGUCAUCGCAGGAUCUCCCGGGUGUCUUAUAAAAGCUCCUUUCCACCGACAACAUAGCAUCAGUUCCUUCCGAACAACGACACCAUGAAGACCGUCAUCAUCUGUACUCUCAUUGCUCUGGCUGCUGCCGCCCCACAAUAUGAUUAUAAUGCCCCACCUGCUCCUGCUCCUGCACCCCCUGCCCCUGCCCCGACCUACGGAGCUCCUUCCACAAGAGUGUCCACAUUCGAGGUUGCGCCUUCAGUCGCCAUCUUGAGGGACGAACGAACACACGACGAGUUCGGAAGAUUCGCCGUCGACUUCGAGGCUGAAAAUGGCAUCGCCUUCUCUCAGUCUGGUUCCCCUGAUGGGCCAGAAGGCGCCGUGGUCAAGGCUGGACAGUACUCGUACACUGCUCCUGACGGUACCCUUGUCGAAGUUAAAUACGUCGCUGACGAGAACGGCUAUCAGCCCCAGUCCGACCUCCUGCCAGUGGCCCCUGCAUUCCCCCACCCAAUUCCUCAGUUCGUUCUCGAUCAGAUCGCCAAGGCUGCUGAAGAAGACGCUGCCGCCGCGCGUGAGGCAGCGUCUGUCAGGAGCAACUCCUACGCUCCUCCUCCCUCUCCCCCUUCAAACACCUAUGGUCAGCCAUUGUAGAAGAAAAAUCACCAUGAUUCCGCUGAUGUGAUCAGUCAAUAGUCUUUCAUUCGUGCGUGGAUCCUGCCAUCGUCCUUUGUCCGUCUUCUCGAUUAUAUAUUUUAAUAUAUGUAUAUAUUCCGUAAUAUAUAUGAAAUAAACACCGAUAUUUAGCAUUCAA